AUGACUCAAAGCUAUCCACUCGACUACGCAAGCAAGGCAGACACAUAUUAUCUGGCUUCCAAAGUGAAAGCCAAGCUCACCAAAGAAGCCGUUAAGAACGACAUCAACCUUCAUAGACUCGUGUGCCAGGCAAACCUCCUAGACAACCUGAUCGAUAAGCUGAACGCUGCAGAAGAAAGCAAAGGACGUAGGGUGUCCUUCGACAACAUUACCAGUGAGAGGCGCGUGCAAUUGGUGGAGCCUGUGAAGCCCAAGCUCACGAAUCCUCAACAAGACGACGACGAUUAUUAUAGCGACAGCGAUAGUGACUCUGAUGAAGACUACGACUACUACGAAGUGAGCGACGACGAGGACAGCUCACUAUACAUGAACCAUGAGCUGAAUGGAUCGACAGUGACGAUAACAACAGAAUGCGUGGAUUCCGAUGAAGAAGACGAUGUGCCCUCCCUCUCAAGCUGCUCGAGCGAAAGCGAGUCUGAAUACGAUACCGAUGAGGAGGCGGACCACGUUCGUGUGCAGCACGUUGAGCAUGCUGACAGAGCGAAGAUCGAGGCUGCGCACAAUUUGAUGAGCCUACGGAGAAAUUUAGUGGAGUGUAUAUGA